AUGCCGUCACCCUUACGGCUCUCACCUGAGUCCACAAGGUGCCUGCCCACCUGUAGAGAGGUGAGUGUCACUACCGUCCCCAGUUUACAGCGGCCGAGCUGUAGCUACGUGCUGUGCACGGUGUUGCUGUCGCUGGCGGUGCUGCUGGCUGUGGCUGUCACCGGCGCUGUGCUCUUCCUGAACCACACCCAUGCCCCGGGCACGGCGGCCCCGCCCACAUCCACUGGGCCUGCCGGCGCCAACAGUGCCCUGGUCACCGUGGACAGAGCUGACAGCUCGCGCCUCAGCAUCCUCAUCGACCCACGCUGCCCGGACCUCGCGGACGGCUUCGCCCGCCUGGAAGGCGCCCAGGCCUCUGUGCUGCAAGCGCUGGCAGAGCAGCAGGCCACACGGGCCGCAGCAGAGCAGGAGCAGGAGCUGCUGGACACGCUGGCCGAGCAGCUGCCCCGGCUGCUGGCCCGGGCCUCGGAGCUGCAGGCGGAGUGCGCCGGGCUGCACAAGGGGCACGGCCUGCUGGGCCAGGAGCUCAGCGCCCUGCAGAGCGAGCAGAGCCGCCUCAUCCAGCUUCUCUCCGAGAGCCAAGGCCAUAUGGCUCACCUGGUGAACUCGGUCGGUGACGUCCUGGACGCUCUGCAGAGGGACCGGGGGCUGGGCCGGCCCCGCGUCAAGGCUGACCUUCAGAGGGCGCCUACCCGGGGAGCUCGGCCGCGAGGCUGUGCCAACGGCUCUCGGCCCCGCGACUGCCUGGACGUCCUCCUGAGCGGACAGCAAGACGACGGCGUUUACUCCAUCUUCCCCACCCACUACCCCGCCGGCUUCCGGGUCUACUGUGACAUGCGCACCGAUGGCGGUGGCUGGACGGUGUUUCAGCGCCGGGAGGAUGGCUCCGUGAACUUCUUCCGGGGCUGGGAGGCCUACCGGGACGGCUUCGGCAAGCUCACAGGCGAGCACUGGUUAGGGCUCAGGAGGAUCCACGCCCUGACCACACAGGCCACCUACGAGCUGCACGUGGACCUGGAGGACUUUGACAACGGCACGGCCUAUGCCCACUACGGGAGCUUUGGCGUGGGCUUGUUCUCCGUGGACCCUGAGGAGGACGGGUACCCGCUCACCGUGGCCGACUAUUCGGGCACUGCAGGUGACUCCCUCCUGAAGCACAGCGGCAUGAAGUUCACCACCAAGGACCGCGACAGCGACCACUCGGAGAACAACUGCGCCGCCUUCUACCGCGGCGCCUGGUGGUACCGCAGCUGCCACACGUCCAACCUCAACGGGCAGUACCUGCGCGGCGCACACGCCUCCUAUGCCGACGGCGUCGAGUGGUCCUCCUGGACCGGCUGGCGGUACUCGCUCAAGUUCUCCGAGAUGAAGAUCCGGCCGGUCCGGGAGGACCGCUAGACCGGCACUCGUCCAGCCUGUGGCCGUCCGACCCGCCAUCCCACUCCCUCUGCCCCAUCCCACCCCGCCCACCUCUGCGCCAGUGGACGCUCACCACCGCCUGGACGUGGCUGCCCCUCUCUCCAGGAGGGUGGCCGAGCCGCCCUGACACUGGGCGAGGUCUCCCUGUCUCCCUUUCCCCUGGAUUUGGCAGCUAAGGGUCUCCUGCCCCUGCUGACGGGGCUGGCCAGCCUGGUGGUCCGGAACCCACUGCCCGCCCGGCUCCUGGCCAGGACGGUCGGGCCCCGUGUGCCCUGGCUCUGGGCAGCACUGCCAGGCUCCACUCUGCCAGUCACAAUGGAGAGAGACAGAUGCUGACAGCACUGAGCCCGCUGAGGCUCGAAGGGAGUGCUCAGUCUUCCCCGGGUCCUGCUCGAGGCUGCCUCCUCUGGGCUUCCACCAGCCCCUGCCCCUGCUUGCUCCCUGUUGCCCACGAACCUACCUCUCCCCGCAGCUCCUUGGCAUGGCUGGUGCCGAAGACUUGGUGUGGUUGAGGGCAGCGAGGCCAGGCUAAGACAGCUCUCUGGGGGACCCAAGUCCCAAGGCUGGACCAGUUCCCCAGAGCCCCCCUCCCCCAUCCCUGUGGCCCAGCCAGCUACAGCCCAGCCUCCCUCCUUCCUCCUACCUGGGCCGAGCCCCCACCGCACCACCCCUCCUCUGCCUCUGGGCAUGGGCUGGGCUUACCAGCAUGAACCCUUUGGUUAUCUGGCCUGGGCUGGCGGGGCUUGUACCCUGCCUGCUGAGGCCUACCUGGAGCACAGGCCUGAGGGGGGCUGACAGGAGGGGACUUGUGCUGUUACCCCCAUCCCAGGGGGCAGGUGGCUGUCUCCGUGGGGAGGCCGCCCCCUGCUGGUAGUGGUGGGCGCCGCUGCCUUGGCCCAGCCCUGCUGGUCAGGCAAAGGGGGCACUGCUGCCUGGGCAGAUGGCAGGGGACACUGAGGCACCCUGGAUGUACUCGUUCCACAGCCAACACCUCGUUGCCCCUCUUCUCCCCACAGGCGAGGCCCCCGGGCUCUGAGGGCCAGUGGCUAGGAACCCCAUUCCUCAGCUGCCUGCUCAGCGGCUUUGUAACCCUCGGGUAUUGUCGGAACCAAGCCUGGGGCUCCAAAGGGGGGCUUUGAGAGGCCUGAGGGGCUACCCCAGCAACCCUCCUCGGGCAGGAGGGGUGGAUAUCUCCUUUCAAGAACACCGGAAGGCAGGUCACUGGAGGAGUGUGGUUCCCCCACGGUGCCAGCCUAAACGGAAGAGUCAGGGGAGAGGCCGGCCCCGCCCACCCCGACGCCUGGCACGCCCUCUAGCUCCGCCUGGUGGCAGGGCUCCAAACUGUGCAGCACGCCGGCCUGCCCGAGGCCCGCCUUCGCAGACUGCUGGCAGCGAGGGGGCAAGAGGCAGGCGAUGAUGCCAGAGUGACCCGGUGUGAGCGGGCAGGCGGCGCAGAGUGGGCGAGGGGACCACGUAAGGCUGGAAGGGCAGUGCCCCGCUUGGCCCCUCUUCCUGUCCUCUAGAAAGCCAGAGAGCUGGGCGGCCUGGACGUCCAGCCACGGUGCAGAAGCCGGGUGGACCCCGUGUUCUCUGCCCGGGAGCCUCCCAGCCUCACAGUGCCAGCCGCCACUUAGGGAGUGCCAAGUGCUUUCUCCCGGUGAGGGAGAUGCCAACGGGAGCCUCGGGCCAGAGCCUGGCCGUGGAAAUGCGAGGGCAUGGGGACAGGCGAGGGCACCCUUCAAAGCUCAUGGCCCACGGACAGGCAGUGUGCCUCCUUGCGCACACCUUCCCCGGCCCCAGUUACUGCCCACCAGCACCCUGCCCUCCCAGGCCAGGCCACCACCACGAGGGACACAGCCUCCUGAGCGCUGCCGAGCAGGCACGAAGCCCGUCAUGAGAGCCCAGGCCCUGUCGGGCCCUCCAAGCCUGGCCCUGACCACAGUCCUGCACCCGCUCUGGGCUAGGCCUCCAGCCCUGGGCUUGGAGCCUGCAAGCUGCUGUCGUGCCGAUGGCUGUCACCUCAGGCAAACGUGACCACGGGAAGAAGGGGGUGCUUGGAUGGCCCAUGGCGGGUGACCAGGCUGAGGACUCACAGACAAAGGUCGUGGGGCCCCUGGUCACAGUUCCGAACCCUGUCCUACUGGGCUUGAUUUGAGGUGCCAUGGCCUCACUGUCCCACAAUGCCAUCUAAAGAAAGGAGAGACCUGAGGCGCAGCCCCUCAGCUGCCUGCUGCCCCACCCUGAGCUCCUUAAACCCCCAUCCCAUGAGCACAGGUGGGUUCUGUGGGAGCAGCCGGUGGCCUCGUCCUUGCCCACAGCUUGAGGUACAGCUCAGAGUGGGACAAAGGCCCCCCAGCUGGUGCCUGAGUCCAGAGGACAGGAGGCCCCCAGGUUGCACCUGCCUGCGUGAAUAGCUCUUAUGACAUUUGUCCUCGGGUGAGAGUGAACGCCAGUGCCCACCUCUCUGGCCCCCCUCACCUUCAUGGCCGCCUGGCCUCAUGCUGACGCCUGAGAGCAGUUGCUGGGGGCUCUGUCACCUGAGCAUGGCUAAGAGCCAGGGUUGCUGGGGGCUCUGUCACCUGAGCAUGACUGAGAGCCAGGGUUGCUGGGGGCCCUGUCACCUGAGCACCUGGGUGUGGCUGCUGGAGGCUCUGUCACCUGAGCAUGGCUGAGAGCCGGGGCUGCUGGGGGCCCUGUCACUUGAG